AUGAACAUAGUUGAAGUUGAAGAAGAAAGUGGAGAAUAUCAAUAUGUUAAGAAAGGUUUCUUAAAGGGUAUGGGAUUUAUGAUGCAUGCUACAAAUAUUAUAGCUAUUCACAAAAACAAUGUUUCAUCUAAUUUAACAAAGCAAGCUCGUUUGGAUUCUUUUCACAUUUUCUCAAAGGCGGUUUCAAUUAAAUGUGGAGGUGAUGCUAAUGUUAGAUUUGCUUGGUAUGGUGGCUCAUUAGAUGAACUAAUAGAUAUUGUUUCUUUUGGAUUCACCGGAUGCAAUAUUCAUGUUGAUGAGGAUAAUGAUGGUGAAUCUCAUGGUGUUGGAGUUUCAUUAUCAUCUACUAAUUUUUCCAUUGAUAGUGCAAUGUCUUCGGUGGAAGAUGAGAAUGGUUUGAGGCAUGUGUUGCUAUGCAGGGUGAUACUAGGAAAGGUUGAAAAUGUUCCUGCUGAUUCAAAACAGAGCCAACCUAGCUGUGAAAAUUAUGACACAGGAGUUGAUGAUAUUUCAUCACCUACAAAACAUAUUAUAUGGACUGCUUUUAUGAAUUCAUACAUUCAUCCAGAUUAUAUCCUAAGUUUCAAGUAUAAUUAUAUCACUGAUGCAGGUGUAUUUGGGACAGUAAAACCUCGAUCAGAAUAUGUGUUGUUUCCUAAUCUAGUGGCAAAAGUGUCAAAUCAUUUGAAACCAUCACAAAUGUCUUUGUUACUCAAAAGCUACCGUAUUUACCAAGAGCAAAAGAUUACAAGAGAGUUAUGGAUAAAGAAAGUGAGGAAGAUAGUAGGGGACAGAUUGCUGCAUUCAGUGAUCUCUGGUGGCGACGUGCACCCUAUCAUCUAA